AUGGCUCUCAAUAACUUUCUCCCAAUAUUUCUCAGCAAUGGUCUCGUUGCUAUUGUGCCCGGGUUGUUCGGAAAUCUGCUAGUUGAUACCAUGAGUCUUGGGCCUGUGUCCCCCUUUGACGCCACUGCAUGCUUUCUUGCCAUUGGCAUGGCAGUUAUACCAUCAUCGUGGGGUGAGAACUAUGGUGACCCUUCAGAGAACAAGGACUUGCUUACCCAGUUCAACGGUGCUGCUGUGGCCAUUGCUUCAGAUGAGAAGAUUGCAUUGUUUGGUGCAAUACAAUCCCUCUUUGAAGGGUCAAUGUACACCUUUGUGUUCCUCUGGACACCUGCUUUGAGCCCAAAUGAGGAGGACAUUCCCCACGGUUUUAUAUUUGCAACUUUUAUGCUGGCUUCAAUCCUGGGAAGCACUAUUGCGUCUCGCUUGAUGGCCCGCACAUCAUUAAGAGUUGAGAGCUAUAUGCAGAUUGUUUUUGUGGUUUCUGCUGCCUCUCUUCGGCUUCCUAUUGUGACUACUUUUUUGGUAGCUCCUUCUAAGGUGGAAGGUGGAAGCAUCUCAUUUGCAGGUUGUAUCCAGCUUAUUGGCUUCUGUACCUUUGAGGCUUGUGUGGGUAUAUUCUGGCCUUCCAUUGUGAAGAUGAGGUCGCAAUACAUUCCUGAGGAGGCGAGGAGCACCAUUAUGAACUUUUUCCGCAUUCCUCUCAACAUCUUUGUUUGCAUCGUUCUUUACAAUGUUAAUGCGUUCCCUAUCACUGUAAUGUUCGGGAUGUGCUCGAUUUUCCUCUUUGUUGCAUCUAUCUUGCAGAGGCGGCUAUUGAUGAUAGCAGAGAAGUCAAAGACAGAAGAUUGGACAGCAUUAAAGGAAAAGGACAACGAGGCUGAGCCGUUGAACGAUGCUUGAUUCCAAAAUUGAAAAACACCGCCUAAUUCAUUCCACAAACUGUCACAGGAUUUGGCUUACUUGAUGCUACGUUCUAUUCAAAUGGUGAUGGUCACAUUUUAUUUAAACUACAAUUAGUGGUCUGCAGGCAAAGAAAGGAAAAGAGAGGUACGGGACCGUGCCUUAAAGCGAAC